UUUCUUAUUGUUAACCUCUAGAUUCUGUUUCCAUGGCCCCAGUACCACUUUCUCCUCCCAUCAAGGUUGGGCACAUAGACGAUGUCCAAGAACUAAGAAAGGGUAAGCCAACUACGAUUCCAGAAAGAUUUGUAAGGGAUAUGACUGAGAGGCCAGAACCAGCCACAGCUCUAUCAUCUCCUACUGACAUUCCCAUUAUUGAUCUCUCCAAGCUUGUAAAAGGAAACAAAGAUGAAAUUUUGCAACUUGCAACCGCCUGUGAGAAGUGGGGAUUCUUUCAGGUGAUUAAUCAUGAAAUUGAGCUGUCUUUGCUUGAGAGCAUAGAGAAGGUGUCCAAGGAAUUCUUCAUGCUACCAGUUGAAGAGAAACUAAAGUACCCAAUGGCCCCAGGGACUGUUCAAGGAUAUGGGCAGGCGUUUGUUUUCUCAGAGGACCAAAAGCUGGAUUGGUGUAACAUGUUUGCUCUUGGGGUUGAACCCCACUUCAUAAGGAACCCAAAGCUAUGGCCAACAAAGCCUGCCAAGUUCAGUGAAACUGUAGAUGUUUACUCAAGAGAAGUGAGAAAAGUUUGCGAGAAUCUGUUGAAAUAUAUAGCCAUGAGCCUAGGCUUGAGACAAGACAUCUUUGAAGAGAUGUUUGGGGUGGCUGUGCAAGCCAUAAGGAUGAACUACUACCCACCAUGUCCAAGGCCUGACCUUGUUUUAGGUCUGAGUCCACAUUCAGAUGGAAGUGCUCUCACAGUGUUGCAGCAAGGAAAAGGCAGCUCAGUAGGUCUUCAAAUCCUUCAGAAUAACAGAUGGGUGCCUGUUCAACCCAUCCCAACUGCUCUUGUAAUCAACAUUGGUGACACCAUAGAAGUUCUUACAAAUGGGAAAUACAAGAGUGUGGAGCAUAGAGCAGUGACUCACAAGGAGAAAGACCGACUGUCAAUUGUCACGUUUUAUGCUCCUAGCUACGAAGUAGAGGUUGGCCCGAUGGAAGAAUUGGUGGAUGAAAACAGCCCAUGCAAGUAUCGACGAUACAAUCAUGGAGAGUACAGUAAACACUAUGUAACAAACAAGUUGGAAGGCAAGAAAUCCCUGGAUUUUGCCAAGAUUCAGGCCUAGAAUUAAUUCAAACUAAGAAGGCUCCACCUUGGGAUGCCCAUUAUUAGACUUUGUAUAAAAUAUAUAUAUAUAAAAAAGUACUAUGAUCAAGUUUCACUUCCCUACGUGUUGGAAAUAGAAUAUUACCAAAUCACUAGUUAGUGGGUAUGCAUAUGAUCGAUCCAACCGAUUGUGGAUCACUGGACUGCACUGUUCAUGUCUAGCUCAUAUUUUGUAUAAGCUGUCAAAUUAAUGGAUUUAAGCUUAAUUUUCUUGUCAAA